AUGGCUGAAAUGGCGAGCGAGUUGGUUAACACAACAUGUCCAUCAGAAAAUAAGAUGGAUAAUGAUCCAUCAGCUUUCUGGGAUAAUGGACCACAUUGGGAUGCCCAUAGAAUAGGCUGGACAGUGUCUGGCCCAGAAUAUCAACGGCAUAUCAUUCGAAUUGUUUUAAUGGUUCCGAUAUAUGCAGUUGUAUCAUGGUUAUCAUACCGAUUCUUUCAUUAUAGCAUCUAUUACGAAGCAGUUCGAGAUUGUUAUGAAGCAUUCGUUAUCGCUGCAUUCUUUGCUCUUCUCACACAAUACGUUGAAGAUUCUCCUGAAGACAAAAAGGAGAUGUUAGAUAAUGCUGCAAAAAAGAAAUGCCCAUUUCCUCUUGGUUGUUAUAGAUAUAGACCAACAAGCGAAAGUUUUUCGCAUAUUGUUAAAUGGGGCAUUUUACAAUACGUUGCAUUGAUACCGCUCAUCACAUUUGCGAUCUUGAUUACCGAAGCCUUUGGUGUUUAUUGCGCAGAAAGUAUGAGUUUAGCUUUUGGAAGAGUUUAUCUAAAGAGUGCACAAAUUAUUUGUGUCACUAUCGCGAUGUAUGCUUUGAUUGUAUUUUAUUCAGCAAUCAAAGAAGCGAUUGCUUCAGAACAGCCUUUUUUUAAAUUGCUCUCUGUUUUUCUUUCAUUUUUGGCAACUUAUGGAGUAAUCCAUGAAAGUCAAUAUUGGACGAGCUCCAAUAUCAGUCGUGGCAUAAAUUCUCUGUUGAUCUGUUGUGAAAUGGUGAUUUUUGCCUUUUUACAUGUUUACGCAUUUCCUUACAAACCAUUUCGCGACUUUGGCAAAAAUGCUAAAACAUCAAUAUUUAAAGGUUUAAUUGAUGCUUUUAAUCCUAUUGAUAUGUUGAAGGAUUUCAUUAUUGUUACAGUAAAAGUGUGGGACAUAGCUAGACAAAAGCGUACUAAAUCAUUUGGAAAGGACAGAUUUAGUCUUUAUCGCGCUUUUACAUAUAAGCGCAAACAACAUAAAUACAAAAAUUUAGAUUCAGAAACAUCAUCUAAAAAUUUAGAUUUAGAAACACCAUAG